GAUGUCUCUCAGCCAUAACAUUUAGGUUACAGAAAAUCGACAAUGGCGGAUGGAUAGGUCACUUCUCAAACACUAGAAUAUGGAUGAAUCCGCAUUUCUAGCAGCUGCACAGUUUAACGAUUAAUAGUUUCAGAAUUAAGAGUCUUUUGGGCUCAUUGGAUUUUAUAAAACUGCCAGACUAGCUGGAAUUUGGUGUCUCAGAGGUUUGAAAGAUGGGACACGGAGAACUGUCGGAUGGAGAAUCUGAUGUCGAGAGCCGAAGGCUUUUAGUUGCUGAGUUAAGAAAGGUGUUUCCAGACUGCUCAGAGGAACUGAUUCUUGAACUAACCUAUGAGCAUCACCAAGACAUUGAUCAAAUAACGGAAGUGCUAAAGGAGAAAAGUAGCCAUUUUAAAAACCGUCAUCAUGGAGCUUUUCUUGGAAUGACAUCUCAAGGAGGAAAUUCUUAUUUUGGUCAAGAAAAGCAUUUGCAAGUAGCAAAUAGUCAAGGGAAUCCUCAAUAUUAUAUGCAACCGUAUUACACUCUACCCUCUGAACCUGGAUACCACAGGUAUAAUUACACAGAUGAGCAUAUCAAUCCAGCCACUUCCUAUUUACAAAGAAGAGCGAUAUCUUCAGAUAGGUUGACAAAUAGAAGGACAGAUGUCUCAGAUAUUAGGAGGGAGAGGUCUGCAAGUGAUGUGACACACUCUGUGGGUGAACCGAUGCUGCGAUCAUAUGGCCCUCCGUACCCAUUUGUCGACCCAGGUGGGUUUUCAGCUCCCCAUAGACCACAGCGGAUGGAUAGCAAUUCAAUAGAACACGACGAUGACCAUGUUAUACAACGCAUACAACUGCAAAAGGAAUCUUUGGCAAGGAUGAAAACGAAAUUUGAGACUUUGCGAAACGAUGUGGCACGUAUCCGACAACAAAUAGCGCAAGAAGAGCAGGACUUGAAUACUACCUCGAAAGUACAGAGAAAUCCAACUGAAAAAGAUGUCCUAAAGUUGCGGCAAGAAAUAGAAAUAUUGAAAAGAGAAGUCCUAGAAGCUAACUCAAAACUAGAAAAUGCGAGAGCUGUUAACAAUAGCCCUCCAUCAUCAAUUCAUAUGAAAUAUCCACCCAUUGGAAUCCCUGAAGAACGUCCACCAGAAACCUUCUCAGUGCAACCAAUGAAUGAAUUCAAGCCAGCCUCUUUUUCACCUCAAUCGGGGCCAAGAUUUCCUCAUCCACAGACACCACAAAACCUCCCUACAAACAUACCAGCGCGCCAAUCAGAACCCUACGUUGGCACCCCGCAGCGUUCGCAAGGCUCUCCACAAAACCCCAUUGGAAAUAUCGCUGAUAACCAAGAAUAUGAUAAGUGGAGCUGUUCUCUUUGUACGCUUGACAAUCACCCUGACCUGCAAGAAUGUGAAGCAUGUGGCAGCAAAAGAUAGGGCCUGAAUGACUGGAUUCUGUCAUCAAGUUCUCAGAUGUAUAUUGUAAGAAAUACAAUGUCAAUUGGGUGUUCCUUUCACCGUAGAUUAACUUAGCCUCUGCAGGCAUCAAGCCUCAGAAAAUGAUUUUACCUUUAAUGUAUCUUAAUGAACGCUGUUGUCUUUAGAGUUUAUUAAGUUUUAUAAAUGCAAUUAUAUUCGUUAUCCUAUCCUAAGCUAGCAUAUUUUUUAUUUGCCAGGUUAGUUAUUUAAUUUACUGUAACUUGCAAACACAAACAGAGGUUGAGUCUCUGCGGCAUCAAAAUCACAGAAACGCGCAUAAGCAGGCACCUGGAAUGUGUAUGAUUCGUCAUUGCGCUCAAAUAUUCCAAAGGUAUUUGCAACACCAGUACCAAAAAAUCACUGGUAUUAUCAUAGCAUUAUAAUAGCCUACUGCCAUGUGUCAAGUUUACAUCUUCCUAUCAAUUUCGUAUUAUUAUUACGGACUACGGUAAACGAGAGAAGUAAGAAAUCUUUACGGUUUUGUUACAGUCCUGAUUUUAAGCAAAUGAAAACAAAUGGCAUAGUUCACGUGUUGCCUAUGUUCCAGACCCUUAACUUGAAAGUAGAGUACCGUAAAAGCUCUAUUAUAUCCCCGGGGCUUAUUUAUUUUUUUCAGUCCUAAUGGGGGAUCUAAAAGAGAGUGGGCUUAUUAGAGAGAGGGGUCUUGUUAAAGAUUUGAAGUAAAAAAUGCUCUUGUCAAUUUUUUUUCUAUAGAAAUGCCAUACAAAUUUUGUCAGAAAACUUCGCUAGCAUCUUCGAAAGUGUAAUAAAUUAUUAUAAGUUCUUCAUCUUCAUCAAAAUCACCAGCAUAAAUUGAUAACCCUAGAACAUUAUCUAAACAAAUUUCAACUGACUUCUUAGGUGCAAAGUUAAGUUUUUACAUGGGCCGUAUUUAAUGCACACGAUCUUAUUAUCAUCACACCCGUCAAGAGACCCACCAAAUGCGCAUGUUUUUCUUGUUGAUAACAAAGGCUAAAGAGGGGGGGGGCUUGAUAGAGAUUGGUGGCUCAUUUUAAGUUUUUGCUUGAUAGGGAGAGGCUUAAUAGAGAGGGGGGCUUAAUAGAGAGAGGGGGCUUAAUAGAGAGAGGGGGCUUAAUAAAGCUUUUACGGUAUCUGGAACACAGGCUAGAUCUAUUGAGGAGUAUAAUGUACCCUCCUUUCCAUGAAAAACCUACUUAGAUGCUACUCCUUUUUUGCCGCUUUUAAAUCGGGGGUUGAACAAACUCCAAAAUUUGCUCAAUUGGUCCGUUGCAGGAAAAGGUAGAAUCUUACAAGGAAUACGUUUCAAAGUACAACGUCAGAAAACUUACAUUCGCCUGAAGUUACCCGCAACUUUAAAUAUCUAGCCAGUUUAAAUUAACGCAAAAAAAUUCCUAUGAAUCUUUCCUUCAAGCGAUCCUUUAAACAUGUACACUUUUGAAUUCGACUAAUCAAAUGUCAAAAUUUCGCAGUUUUCUACUUAAGCCGCUUUCCAAAACGAGAAAAAAAGAAAAUUUCACGAACAAAAUAUUUAAAAUAGGUUAUGUAGUUUAAGAAAUAACUUGAAAACAUUAUUUUUAAUUAUCCAUCCAGAUAAAAUAUCGAAAUAGCUACUAUUUCGACUAUAUAAAUUUGGUAGACUGGUUUAUGCUUCAUCUUACUACAUGCACCAAAAAUGCACUGAAAUCAUUCAAAGCCACGAGAAAAAAUGUCUCCUUAAAACAAGCGAUUUUCCAUCCAAACGCAGCUCGCUUUUUGCCACCAUUCAAAAUGGCAAAAGUAAACAAAUUUUCCUACAUAUAGAUUUUGAUGUUUCAAGGAGCAUAGUUUUUAGAAGUUUUCUCCAGGACCCCAACGUUUCUUGCAAUAAUCUCAAAUAUUUUUAGUAAAUCAGUUUUGCUGCGAUGUGUUUUGCCUCCUCCAGCAUGUCCUCUGACAAAGUGAAGCGAAAAGAAAACUAGUUUCAUUUCUAUUUUGAGAUUCUUAUAUAAAACAUUAUUUUUCUUUGGAUUCUAUUUUCAAGUUUUCUUUCAUUCAAUAUUGUUCAAUCCUUUUUAGGAAGCCAGUAUAUGGUAGAAUGGGCUGUAGAUGUGAAAGGCCUGUCAAACUCAUAAGGUCACAAGUUUUGGGACCUAAAGAACUAUUUGACUAAUUAAGAGAAUGUUUCUCAGUUUUACAUCUAGAAUGCUCAAUCUAAAUUAAAGGGCCUUGCUGGAAAGUGCUUGAAGGGCCAACAAAUUUACCCGCAGAUUAAAUCCCGGACCACCCUAUGCUCAAGGAAUGGAGUUAAUCAAUGUUGCUAUACUUUGUGGGUGGAUCAUUUUUGUGUACGAAGAAUGAGUACACUAUGUGGUGGGUCGAGGGAAACGCAUACAUGUCUGUAUGUAUGUAUGUAUAUAGAGACGCUUUUCCGUAACUCUUUUGGUAUGCAAAGGCAUGCUCGUUUCCCUGUGAUUAGUGUGCCGAUUUCUAUUGCUUGCGGCCACGAAAUGAUGAUGACUCAACUCAAAUUUAUGAACACGUUUGUUUUAACUAAAAUCGAUACCCCAAAAUUUAUUUUACUCUUGAGAAACGAUACCCCCAAAAAUGUCUCACUCAUAGAGCUCACACCCCAUCAGGGCCGUUGUGGCUAGGCGGGACACCGAGAGAUUUCUCGGUGGGCCUCUUUCAAGUGAGUUUGUGAAACCCAAGAAAAUAUUUGCAAAAACAUUCUGCUCGCUUUUCGCUCGCAGUACACGUAGGUUCUCUAUCUCUUUUGUGUUUCUGCUGAUUGUGCAC